AUGGCUUCUCAGCUCCCACGAGAAAAUCUUCUUACUCUAAUUGAUUAUAUCAAUGCUGCUACCAAGGCAGUGGACACACCUGAGGCAUAUGGGGCCUCCGAUGCUCGGCGAAACCUUCUGCUUGAAUGUAAGAGGCAAAUCGCCUCUCUCGAAGACCCCGAUGCAGAAGUCUGGCCCCGCGCAUUCCAAGUCAACGUCGCGGUGGCCAUCGACGUCGCGGCAACUCUCGGGGUCUGGGAGAAGCUGCGGACCGAGAAGUCCAUCACCCUUUCGGAUGUUGUGAAGGAAACGGGAGCAGAUGUGGCGGCGGCCGUUCGAGUUAUGCGGCAACUGAUCGCUGCGGGACUGCUUUCUGAUAUAUCGGACCCCGAAGAACCUAGCUACUCCCUCACGCAUCUGGGAAAACCAUACCUGGAUCCAAACCACGUGUCAUUUAAUCGUUUUAUUCUUCAGGAAGUGGUCCCAACUGUUCGCAGCUCAGUUGAACGGAGCUGCUUCCCGUCAACAAAUUCCGACAGCUUGCCCCGAGAUACGUGGUUUCGUCUCGCGCAGGAUGCAGUCCGCACAGCAGAUAUGGUCCGAGGAAUGAAGUCUCUGAGUUCCGGCGGCCUGGCGGCCACUGCUUACCCCUUCGGCAGGGAGCUUGAAAAGCUGGAUAUCAAAGAAGGUGACGUUGCCAUCGUGGACGUGGCCGGCGGACAGGGACAUAUUAUGGGUGAUGUCCGCAAGCAAAACCCGGGACUGAAAGGCCGGAUUGUCGUUCAGGAUCUCCAAUCAGUCCUCGAUGCCGCCCCGGAUGGUCCACCUGACGGCGUCGAGUUCAUGGGCCACGACAUAUUCAAGCCGCAGCCAAUCACAACUGCCCAUGUCUACUACCUUCGGCACGUUAUCCACGACUGGGACGAUGACGCGGUGACCCUCAUCCUCAACCAGCUAACCCCGAUCAUGAAGGCGCGGCCUCAAACCAAAUUGCUUCUGGCGGACUUGGUACUCCCCACGACUAACAUCGGUAUGCAGGAGGCGGUGAGAGACUUUACCAUGUUCCGCAUCGGUGGGUUGGAGCGAACCGAGGCUCAGUGGCGGCAGCUGCUGGCGAGAAGUGGGCUUGGUGUCAAAAGGAUUUGGAGAGGCACCGAGCCUGAAGCAUGUAUAGAAUGCAUUUUGAUCAGCGGCAAUGGAGAUGGCGAAGCUGUGUUGGAGUCGAGGUCCAUGAUAAAGUGA